CUGUCUCUCUCUCUCUCUCUCUCUCUCUCUGUGUGUGUGUGCGCGUGUGUAUGUGUGUGGGGCGGGCACGGUGUCCCAGGAGGACAGACUUUGCAUUGAUGAAAACCCUCCCCAGCUCUUUGAAGCCUCUUUCCUGCUGCCUGAGCCCAGCCACUUAGUCCUCUGUGUCCCACACACUGCUCACUCACCGCCAGGAUGGCAUCUUGUCUGGCCCUGUGCAUGGCUCUGCUGCUCGUCUCUGGGGUCCUAGCCCCUGCGGUGCUCACAGAGGGUCCCCAGGAGCCCAAUCCCACUCUGUGGAACGAGCCCAUUGAAUUGCCGUCAGGCGAAGGUCCCUUGGAGAGCACCAGCCACAGCCAGGAAUUUGCAGCCUCAGGCCCUCCGUUCCCCACCUCUGCGCCGGGACCAGAGGACAACACCCCUCCUGCAGGGGUAGACCAGGACACAGGAUCGCUUGGGCCCGGCGCCAUUGCGGCCAUCGUGAUUGCCGCCCUGCUGGCCACCUGCGUGGUGCUGGCACUCGUGGUCGUCGCCCUGAGAAAGUUUUCUGCUUCUUGAAGCCAAUAAAGGAGCCUCGCCGACCCGCCCGCGGCGACUCUGCAACUUGA